CACCACACCUCACCGAAAACUCAGCACAGGAAGGUCGAAGCUGCAGGCACCAUGGCGAGGCUGGCAACUGUGGUGGUGGUGGUGGUGGUAGUAAUAGCGGAAUGCAGCGAGGAGGGAGGCACUAAGCGGCUGGGACAAGAGGACUCCAAGGUAAUGCCGUGGGACACCAAGAGGCUGAACCAAGAUGAAGGCCAAGCGGACACUGGACCGAGGAGGCAGUGGGGCAGCAGACGGUUCAAUCACGACACCAAGAGAACAGGCCAAGAGGACACGAGGAGACAGAGUAAAGAGGACACCACUGACAGGAUGAACCAAGAGGAAAACAAGAGGAACAAUAGAAAACUAAGUCAAAGGGAUACUAAAGCCCUGAGCCAAGAGGAAGUUAGGGAUUUAUUCCAAGAGGACAUUAAGAGGAUGAAGAGAGACAACACCAGUAACACCAAUGGCCUCUUAAUUCAAGCCUCCACACAACACCUAUCCAGCUACAGUACAGUUGGUGGUGGAGGUGGUGGAGGUGGAGGUGGUGGUGGUGGUGGUGGUGGUGUAGGCUUUGGUGGAGCAGGUGGUAGCAGUUAUACAAGUGGAUUUGGUGGUCGGGGAACUGGUGGAGGCUCAGCAGGUGUUAAUACUGGUGGUUUUAGUGGCAGGAGUGCAGUUAGUGGUGGUGUGGGAGGCAGCUACACCAGUGGAUUUGGUAGUGGUGGUGGUGGUGGUGGUGGAGGAUACACUGGAGGCAAAGGAGGAGGAGGAGGGGGAGGAUACACUGGAGGCACAGGAGGAAGAGGAGGAGGAGGGGGUGGAGGAUACACUGGUGGCAAAGGAGGAGGAGGAGGAGGAGGAUACUUCGGAGGCGCAGGAGUGGGAGGAGACUUUGGGACCACGGGCAGCCUGGAGGAGACCAUCCCAGGGACCCCCGGCGUGGACUACCCAGCACUCUUGUCGGCGCCUCCUACGGGAUUUACUUGUGGGUCCCUCCGUGGCUAUUACGCUGACGACGCCCCGGAGGCAGGCUGUCAGGUGUUCCACGUGUGCCAGGGUGACGGGCGGCAAGACACCUUCCUGUGCCCCAUUGGAACACUCUUCAGCCAGCAGUACUUCGUGUGUGACUGGUGGUUCAACGUGGACUGUGCCGCCGCCUCCUCCUUCUACUCCCUCAACGAUGACCUCUUUACCACUUUCUUCACCUCCCCCGGCACGUCUGACGAUGUGCCUUACCUCAAGGGUCCACAGCGCCCCUCCACUGCUUACGGUGUCCCCGGGAAGUGAGCAGGCGCGGCGGUGUAAGAGUAUUUGUGUUCAGCUCAUCUGCCACCACCCUCACGCCACUCACUCACUGCAAACUAACUGCAUCUCCUCGACUUCUUUUGUUUUCCUUCGUUUGUUUUUGCUUUUCGUCUCUUACCUUCGUUCCUUUGCAUUUGUUACUCACCGUUCAAUGGAAAGGGUGUACUGUAUUAUCAAGUAUAUUUAAUUUCAUUCAAAAUUUAUGAAUAUAUUGUGAAAUGUAUCGUUCCGCUAAUAUGACAAUCUUUUAAAGUGUUUGUCCUCUGACUGAUGCUCGUUUUCUUUGCUGGUUUUCAAGAUGAACUGUUUCCUUCGCGGCAACACGUGUAUUAUUGUAUAUCGUUGUUAAGUAGAGUCUGCUGGACAGUCUUACUACUGUUAGAUUUCAUUGUUCUAGUAUUAACUCCUUCACUACCAUGACGCGUUUCUAUAUUCAUUCUGCUUACUAUUUGGUGAUUUAGUACAGCUUCAGAAACUAAUUGGAGGGAUUAAAAUAGUGAAGACUGUGACCAUUAAUCU